AUGCUGAACCGCACCACCCCACACCCCACUCCCACCCAGCAGCCCACGGAGCCACCCGUUGCCUCCGUCGGAAAUUACGUGGUCCCUAAGGGCUCGGACCCGUGUUUGCGGGUUCAAGCAGCCCUGCAGCUCCGAGUCCGCUAUACCGACAAGGCCAAGCAGGAGCUCUGGGGGGACUUUGCAGUGAACCCCAACCGCACAGAGUUUUCCGGGAACUGUACCAACCAGACAGCCGUCCUCCACCUGCAUUUCCAAGAGGGCGACCUUCUCUUUACUUUCAGAAAGAAUCAUACCGGAAAGACAUUCUUCCUGAGUCGGGUACAGGCCUACCUGACGUAUCAGUUCCACCAGGCAACAGGGCGAUCUUUCAGAGCUGACAAUUCCUCUCUCCGCGAGUUCGAGGCCAGACUCGGACACUCUUACCAGUGCCGGAACCGCACCCUGGUCCUGGCGGAAGGUUUUCAUCUCAGCGCCCUGCAAGAGCGGGUCCAGGCCUUUGACCUUCAAGAUGGAAAAUUUGGGGAAGCCGAGGUCUGCCGGGAGCAGAGACGUACCCUCUUGGUGCCCAUCAUCAUCGGCGUCCUCCUUCUGGUCCUCAUCCUCAUCGUGGUCGUGGCCUUUUUGAUUGGGCGAGCGCGUAGCCACAGGGGGUAUCAAACCAUUUAAAGGGGAGCCGUUUCCCUAAGGAGAACCAAGAAUGGGAUUUUUUUAUGGGGGGGUUGUUUUUCUGCAACAGGCUAUAUUGGACAGGAGAUUGGCCGCCCCGCCCCCCAGGGGUGGGGUGGGAAUUCUCCGAGUUGCUACACUCGCACCUGUUUCAUUCACUUGCUUAGACUGCUGGUUCACACAAGACACCCCUGGGGGAAGUGAAAGGACAGUAUGUUUCUGCACAAGGGAGGACCCCACUCUGUCAAGGUGGGGGACCCAGGUGCAUUUUGUGGGCUGUGGGGCAGUGACGUCUCACUUCUGUCAGACUGCACUUUUAACCUGGGAGGAGAAAUCACAGAAUUGUACUGCUGGGAUCCCCAAGAGUCAUCUAGACCAACCCCCUGCCGCAAUGCAGGGAUGCAGCUAUGGAACCCCUGACAGGUGGCAGUCCAACCUCUGCUUAAAAACCUCCAGUCUCAAUUGAAACGAAGCUGGGCUUAUUUCUGGGGCAAGUAUCUGUUAAGAGCAAGUGUUUGGGCAAAGUCUUCGCACUGACCACGUAAAGUAUUAUCCGGGUGUGGGGCUCCCUCUCCCCAAAAACUUGUAUUAAGAACCGGUGCACAUGCAAUCAAUAUUCCGAAACGGUUCAUUUCCAUUCCGAAAGUAUGCCUUAUAUAAGCUCCUCCAGUUUGCUCCUCGAGUUCUUUCAUCUGCUCUGCUCUGCGAACCCUUUAGGGGGAUUUGAGACCCUCUUCAACUUAAUACGCAAAGUGCUCUGAUCCUAAGCUCUCCAGGUGGAAUACCCCACUGCUCACAACUAAACAGGUCAAAUAAAUACCUUUGAAAUUUA